UUUAAAUUCCCCACAAGGAAGAACAGAUGAAUCUCAUGAAGACCUCAUUUAUUUCGUGUUGUUGUUUACCAACUUGUAAGUCAUCAAAGGUCGACAGGAAAGGAUGGAAAAGAGCUUUUCUAAAAGUGCUGAAACGUAAAAAAAGCUUGCGCGCUUAUUUUUGGAAAGAUAAACAAUAUAUUAGCACAGUGCCUGUGGCAGCCUCUCUGGAAAAUGAUGUCCAUAAUGGUUUUGAUCGUUCGAGAGAGUUCGACUAUGUAAUUGUUGGUGGUGGUGCCGCAGGUUGUGUUCUUGCUUCUCGUCUUUCAGAGGAUAGAAGUUCUACGGUCCUUUUGCUGGAAGCCGGCAAGGAAGAUUCCAACUUUUACAUACAUGUUCCGAUGGGCUUUCCAUACCUCGUUGGAAGCGAUUUGGAUUGGAAGUAUCAAUCAGCCAACGAAGAGAAACUAUUUGAUAGAAAAGUAAUAUGGCCAAGAGGGAAGGUGCUCGGUGGAAGUCAUACGAUAUCAGUCGCGUUAUAUCUCCGAGGAAGUGCUAAUGAUUAUAGAGAUUGGGAAAAAAGUGGAGCUACUGGCUGGGGUCCUGAAGACGUUUUGCCAUACUUUUUAAAAGCAGAAAAUAAUUUAAGAGGUGCUAGUGCCUAUCAUGGUAAAGGUGGCCCUUUGAAAGUGAGCGAUCUUCCUAGUCCCAAUGAAAUGUCACAAGCCUUUGUGAUUGCUGGUCAGACUCUGGAUAUUCCUUGUAACAAAGACUUCAAUGACUGGUCACAUUCUCAAGAAGGAAUAGGCUUUUUUCAAGUGACUCAGGCUGAUGGGAAACGUGUUUCACCUGCUACCUGCUUAUUUACAUCCAGUUCGAGGCCCAAGAAAUCUCUUUGUUGAAACUCAAAAGCAUGUGGAGAAGAUCCUUUU